AUGGCUCAGAGCUGCAUUUCUCUUGCCAACUCAGCCUCGUGUCCGGCGUUCAAUGCGUCCUCCAUCUCCACGGAUAGCAGUUUGACCGCGCUGUUCCCAUUCCUUUCGUCCGUUGGGGACGUUGCAUCUUUCGAUUCCGGCAUCCGAGACUACAUUGCACAGAAUUUUACACAAUCGAGGUCAGUACAAUGCCAUUGUUCGCGCCCGACGCGCAUCGAAGCUGACUGUCGUCGCAGAUACCAAACACUAAUAGGUUGUUCGAAUGUAAACCUUGAUAAUACCACGGCCUUCUACGCCAGAUACACCACCAGUGUAUUGUGCAAUGCAAUUGUACAGAACUCAAUCCAGCCCUGCGCCCUUACUGGAGACGCAGCGACGCCCCUCUGCGCAGAGACUUGCGCCGAAUACGCUCAGAGUGAGCAAGAGAUUGCUGCGAGUAACGUUUGCGGUACUACCAACUCCAAUGCACUGCAGCAAAUUCGAGCCGACUUCACCAACUGCGCCCUGCCCGCCAACUCCAUCACUGGUACUUGCAUUCAGGGCUAUCAGAACCAGCAGACCGAAUGUGGCUUUUCCACCAACCUCGGCGGCCUCUGCUCAUACUGCGCAUCAAGCUCGCCGAACUCUACAGACUCUUGCUGUGUCUUCUCCAACACCACAGAGAGAUGCCAGGGCGUGACUCUGCCCAUCGUGGCCUCAUCGUCGCUGGCUGCUGUCACAAUGACGGCAUCAGCCUCGCCGACUUCCUCGACCACGGGGGCGGGUGCAUCGAACAACAACGGCGGUAAUGGACUAUCAAAGGGAGCGAUUGCCGGGAUCGUGAUAGGAUCUGUUCUGGGAGCGCUGCUGCUGCUGGCGCUGCUGAUCUUCGCUUGCACGUUCUGGAGACGGCGAAGAGACCAUAGUCCGGCCACGAGCAUUUUCAAUCAACCUUCAGCCGGGAGAGGUACGCCGCAGAUGUCAUAUAGCGAUGGGGCGAGGGAUCAUCAAGAAGCGGCAGGUCUUGCGCUUGGAUCAGGCGGCCGUGUCGCUCGCAUGGCUGCAUUGGAGGGCUCAAGCAGCUCGGACCAUGCAAUGCCAUACGCCAUUGGAUAUGCCAAGGACGGCUCGGAAGAGGUCGACAGUCCAGAGAGAAGGCUUGCACCGCCUCCAAAGCGAAGUGGCUCUCUUUCGAGCGGUUCGCAGCUUGGUGUUGCCAUGGGAGACAAUCUCGAUACCUCGCCGAGCUCCAAUGCCGAAUAUACUUCACCCGAAUCGCAAGGCCAGAGCGAGCAACUCGACUUCUUCAAGGACUACUACUCCCAAGAUGAGAUUCGCCAAGGCGACUUGGUAGCGACACUCUGGGCAUACGAACCUCGUGCGGCCGAUGAAUUCCAGCUUGAGCGCGGCGACAUGGUCAAGGUCCUGGGCAUCUGGGACGAUGGCUGGGCGACCGGUGUCCGCGUCAGGCAAAGAGCGGACGACUGGCGGCCCGAGGAUAGGGUGCUGCGAGACAGUGGUCUCAGCGCCAAGCCGCCGGCGGAGGACAACGACGAAGGGGAAGUCAAGGCUUUCCCGUUGGUCUGCGUGUGCCUACCGCAGCACUGGGCGAAGACGAUCGAAGGCGAUUCCACAGAAGGCUCCCGGCCCGGAGGAUAUCCCGACCGUUCAUAG